AUGGACGAGGUCAUUGCCAAGGCACGUGCGCUCCUCCAGAGCAGCCAGGAGACCAAAGCGUUAGAGUUGUUGGGGCCCCAUGUUGCCAAAAAGAGCGACGACCCCAGGCUCCUCGAGGUGUUUGGUGAGUGUCUACUAGAAGCAAACGACGUUGAGGCUGCCUAUAACGUAUUGCAAAAAGCGGUGUCUCUGGACCCAGACGGCAGCUUGGGCGUCGACAAAUUCUUGUACUUGGGUCAGAUCAUUGGCGGAAGUGAUGGAAUUGAACAUAUCAACGUGGCGUUGGCCAAGCUUCAAGAGCAGCUUGAGAAGGUGGUGGAUAACCUGGGCACCGAUGAUACGGUGCUUGUGGAGCUUGCCAAGUUGUACCCUUCCACAGAGGACUUGGCGGGGCAUUUGAUCAAGAAGUUGAACCAGGGUAUAUUCGCUGAGAUCGAGAUCUGGAUGACUGACUUAUGCAUGGAGCCAGAGGCGGAGGAGCAGUGUGACAAGUUGAUCUCGCACUCGUUGAGUCUUGAUGAGACAAAUCCGGAGGCCCAUUCGCAUUUGGCUUCGAUCAGAAUAUCGCAGCAGAAAAACGACGAGGCCAGAGAAGCUUUGCAGAGAUCGUGGGAGUUGUUCCAGGCCAAAAAGCAGGCUUUGGAGGAGUCUCACGAUAAAGGUGAUGGCGUCGACGCUUCUUUGGAGUAUGUGGAGUUGGUGCAGCCGCUCUUGGGCCUCUCGAGAUUUGCUAUUGAGCUUGAAAUGUACGACGUCGCUCCGUCAAUUGCAGCAAGCGUUGCUGAAAUCAACGAUAAUGCGCUUGACGCUUUCUACUACGAAGCGUUGGCUCAUUUGCUUCGUGCGAAGAAAAUUUACGGUGACUCUAACCCAGAGUCAGUACCAGCGGAAAGCGAUUACAGAGAGAUUGAUUUGAGAGAGGUGAUUAGCUCGGAAAACGAGGACGUUCAGUCGGGGCUUCACGAUGCUCGUUCGGCGCUCACCCAGGGCUAUAGAGUGUUGAACAGUGCUGAUGCUGAGGCCAUGGACCCAGAUGUGGCUGGCCAGGUAUCUGAGCUUUUGAGUGCACUUGGCGGGCCUAUCAUGGCAGACUUGAUGCCCGAGCGCAAGAGCCAUGAAGACGACGAAGACGAAGACUGGGAAGAUGAAAUUGUCAGCGACAAUGAGUAG